AAAGGAAAACGAAGUCGUUUCAUAUUUACGCUCUUCCGCCCCAAAUCUGAAACACUCGUAAGUAAAUUCGAAGGAAUUUUGGAUCUCUCUGAUCUCGAUCCAGAUUCUCUCUACUUUGCUUAUCUUCCAGAGAGAAAUUUGCAUCUUCAGAUUUAUUCGAGGAGGAAGACGAACCCUAAUUGAUUGAUUUCGGUGGAGGAGAGAUCUUUCUAAAGAAGUUUGAUUCUGAUCUGAAAUCAUAGGUUUCAGCCGUAGAUCUGCUGCUUCUUUCGAUCGAUUUGGGAAAUCUUUAAUAUUGAUUCCAUAGAAUUUUCGUUAGUCUUGGUGUUCUGUUACUUCGGUAAUGUUAGAUCGUAAAAGUCUUCCAUUGUGAGGAAUCGGAAGUUGCUAUGAGUGUUUGUGGAAGCUGUUUCUUCUCGUUUUGGAUUGAAACAGUGUUAGUUUUCUUAUUUGUUACCUAAUCUGGUUUUUGGCAAAUAAUGAAGUUUUGGAGGGAACGUGAAAGGGACAAUAAGGAGCAGAUCUUAGCUCCAUUAUGUGGGCAAGUUCGAGUAUUGGUUGUUGGUGACUCAGGUGUUGGAAAAACAUCACUUGUACACCUCAUCAACAAAGGUUCUUCUAUUGUUCGCCCACCUCAAACUAUUGGAUGCACAGUUGGUGUCAAGCACAUAACCUACGGGAGUCCAGCUAGUUCUUCAAGUAGCAUUCAAGGUGACUCAGAGAGAGAUUUCUUUGUUGAACUCUGGGAUGUGUCUGGGCAUGAGAGAUACAAAGAUUGCCGGUCACUGUUCUAUUCACAAAUCAAUGGAGUUAUUUUUGUUCACGAUCUAUCUCAAAGAAGAACAAAAACAAGCUUGCAGAGAUGGGCGUCUGAGGUUGCAGCGACUGGGACUUUUUCAGCUCCUCUUCCCUCGGGAGGUCCUGGUGGUCUUCCUGUUCCAUACAUUGUAGUUGGCAACAAAGCAGAUAUUGCUGCAAAAGAAGGAACAAAAGGAAGCAGUGGAAAUCUUGUUGAUGCAGCUCGUCAUUGGGUUGAGAAGCAAGGUUUGCUUCCUUCUUCAAGUGAGGAUCUUCCUCUCUUUGAAAGCUUUCCUGGUAAUGGCGGUCUCAUAGCGGCUGCCAAAGAAACCAGAUACGAUAAAGAAGCUUUGAACAAAUUUUUCCGGAUGUUAAUAAGAAGAAGAUAUUUCUCAGAUGAACUGCCAGCGGCUUCACCAUGGUCUGUUUCAUCCAUUCCAACCUCAUCAUCCCAACGGUUAGACGAGAUUACGAGUGAUGAUGAUCAAUUUUACAAGCGAACAAGUUUACAUGGAGAUCCAUACAAGUACAACAACACAUUACCGCCACUUCCAGCACAACGCAACCUAACUCCGCCUCCCACGCUCUAUCCGCAACAACCUGUGUCUACCCCUGAUAACUACGCCAUCCCGAGAUACUCUCUUUCCAGUGUACAAGAAUCAACUAACAAUGGCAGUGCCCGAGCUAAGCGAAUGGAUAUUAACGUCUGAAGUCUCUCAUCUCUUGUUUGCUCUUCUCAUUCCAAGAAAACUUCAUGUUAUUGCUUUUGGAUCUCUAUUAUUCUUUUUGAUUCUUCUUUGUAGGUUGGUAAAGUGAAUAUGUGUGUAACCCCUCUUUGGUUUGUACAUUGUGGGGUUUUGAUCUUAUAGCAAAUUCUUUCAAUGUUUUUUUUUUUUUGGUUAUCAUAUGUAUUACACAGUGAACGGUUACAAAAUCACAAUAAUGUUUGUUAUUUUUUUACAA